GGAGAGAUGGACUGUCAGGUGAAGAAACCUUAAAGCUGGGGAGUUACAACGCAUUGUUGAAGAGUUCGCUGCCGGAAGAGCUGAAGUUUUACAAGGCUGAUGAGGAGAGCUUUGAGUCGUCUCACGAUGCCUUCCGGUCGGCUUUUCCCCGUGGAUUUGCGUGGGAGGUCAUCAAAGUAUAUUCAGGUCCACCUGUGAUUGCUUUCAAGUUUAGGCAUUGGGGUUAUUUUGAAGGACCCUUCAAAGGCCAUUCUCCUACAGGAGAGUUAGUUGAGUUCUAUGGGAUGGGAAUCAUGAAGGUGGAUGACUCUUUGAGGGCGGAGGAAGUGGAGAUAUACUAUGACCCAGCAGAGCUUUUUGGUGGGCUUCUCAAAGGCACAAAGAUCUCUGAUUCCAGCGUUAAGCAAUGCCCAUUUCACAAAUAAUUAAUUAAAGGGCUCUCAUAGUGCAUGUUUUCAAUUAGUAUUAUCUUUGAAUUAAUUGUGUCACAUUAAAUAAGAAACUAUAUACAGACAUAAUCGAGAUAUACUGUGUACAUGAAAGUUUGACAUUUACAAAUAAUAUUAUUGCGUGUCACAUUUCAUUGCGUGAUUAAAAAGAUACUCCCUAGGAUAAUG